GGGAUGUUAUACUGCCCUGGAUACAAAUCAUCAUUGUAGGAAUAUUGACCAAACAUAAAUUUGUUGAAUCUCAACGGCAAAGAUUGCAUCAUCUUUCGGACUGUAAAACUUUGUUAAAGUUUUCGUCCACAUGUUUCAGUGCUUGUUUUAACAGAGAGUGUCUGAAGACUCAAGGAACUAGUAAUGGACCAGAACCUGUUUGGAGGGGCCCCCAGGUUUCUCACGCGGCCCAAGGCUUUCGCAGUGUGCGUGGGAAAGGAUGCCACCUUGAGCUGCACCAUCGUGGGCAACCCCACCCCACUGAUUACCUGGGAAAAGGAGAAGCUACGUCUGACCUCUGGGGGCCGCUUCAAGAUGGUGGAUGAUGGUGACGUCUACCGCCUCACCAUCUACGAUCUAACCCUGGAGGACAGCGGCCAGUACAUGUGCCGGGCCAAAAACAAUGUUGGGGAAGCAUAUGCAUGCGUAACCCUUCACGUAGGCCUUCCACAGGAGAUGGUGGAGAGGGCCCCCGUCUUCAUGGUCAAGCCUACCUCCGCACGCGUAGGCCUGGGGGGCGAUGUUGUCUUCCACUGCCGGGUUGCGGCUUACCCAGAGCCCAAAUUUGACUGGGAGAAGGACGGGCGUUACCUGGCCGAGACUAACCGCAUCAAGGUGACAUCGGACAGUGACAGCAGCUCUCUGAGGAUCCAGAGCGUGCGCAGUCUGGACAGCGGCACAUACACUUGCCGGGCCCAGAAUUCGGUAGGCCGCUCUAACUCUGCAGCCACCUUGCUUGUAGACACCCAGGACUCCCAUCACCUGGGCAAGGACAAGAGCACCUCCCUCCUCUCCCACCUGCAGAAGCGUAAAGAAGGGAUCUCUAUCUACUGCACGGCCGAGACCAGCAGCUCCACUUACAACUCCACCACCACCUCCUCGACCGCCACCACUAUGGUCACAGACGGGCUGGGCCUUCUGGGUCUAGACCACAGCAGCGCAGCACUGGUCAGUCAUCUGCCCAAAGGCGUCUUCACCCGCACCUGCACAGUGACUGAAGGCAAGCACGCCAAACUCAGCUGCUUCGUGACAGGCCACCCCAAGCCUCACAUCAUCUGGAGGAAGGAUGGGGGGAACAUUGGUGAGGGACGCAGACAGAUCAUGUAUGAGGACCAGGCCGAGAACUUCAUCCUCAAGAUCCUGUACUGCAAACAGAGGGACAAUGGUCUGUACACCUGUAAUGCCUCCAAUAUGGCUGGACACACCUACAGCGCCGUGCUGGUGAUAGUUAAAGAGCCCAAGGUGCCGUUCAGGAGGAAGCUGCAGGAUGUGGAGGUCCAGGAGAAGAUGACGGCCACGCUGCUGUGUGAGGUGCCCAUCUCCACAACCCAGGCCAGCUGGUUCAUGGAGGAGACGCGACUGGAGGACUGCUCCAAGUACCGAAUGGAGGAGGAGGGCACCAUGCGGCGCCUCACCAUCCACAACGUCACCACCAAUGAUGAUGCCGUCUACAUCUGCGAGAUGAAGGAGGGGAGCCGCACCGUGGCCGAGCUCACUGUGCUGGGCAACAUCACUAAGAAGCUGCCCAGGAGGACUGUAGUGCCAGUGAGUGAUACAGUGAUCUUCUGCGUUGAGCUGGAGCACCCCUGUUCUGACGCCUACUGGACACGCAAUGCCGAGCGUCUGAAGCCGGACACACGCAUAAUAAUUGCGUGCACCCUCAGGCAGUACACUUUAACCAUCAGCCAAUGCCAAGCUGACGACUCAGGAGAGGUGGCCUUCAUGGCUGGAGACUGCAAGACCUCCACAAGAUUCUCUGUCACAGCUGCCAGAAAGCAUCCUCCUGAUCCCCCCAUCGAUGUGGUGGUGCGCAACAAGACAGACUCAUCCAUCACCCUCCACUGGUCCCCCCCAGACAGUGACCGCCCUGUGCCCAUCAAGGGGUACAUGGUAGAGAGGAGGAAGGUGGGUGCCCAGACCUGGCAGAGGUGCAAUGGCAUGGAGAUCAGCCCCUUUACUGAGAUCACGAUCCAGAACUUCACAGAAGAGGCCAGCUACCAGUUCCGCAUUUCUGCAGUCAACAACUAUGGCCAGAGCCAAUACCUGGAGGUGCCCGGGACCUUCUACCUUGAGCCCAGUGCAGAGGUGAAAACAGGCCUGAUGAACAGCACAGCCAUCUCAGGUGAGGAGGCCUCACUCUCCGUGGAUCUGUCUGCCGUGUGCUCUGGCUUCUGGUCUAUCAACGGACGCCUCCUGCGUAGUGGUGGUGACUACCUCAUCACCCGCCAAAAGACCAUGCACACGCUGAUGAUCCGGACGGUCUUGAUGGAGAUGAACGGAGCCGUGGUCAAAUUUGUGGGCGGUGGCUCUGAGAGCACUUGUAUACUCAAAGUGAAGGCUCCACCUAUCCGGUUUACCAGUAAGUCUGCUCACACUGAGGUGGUGACCUGCAGCGCCCAGUCCUCCGCCCAGCUGACCACAGAGGUGUCUGAUUACCAUGCCCAGGUGGUCUGGAUGAAGAAUGGACGGGAGCUGAAGAUGGGCAAGAAGUAUGAGUGCAUAACCACUGACCACAAGAGGAUCCUGAUGGUGCACAAUGUCACUGAAGAGGACACGGGAAUCUAUGAGUGUGUCCUAAACGAAGACAGAAUGUCCCUGAAGCUUUCUCUAAAAGAUGAAGCAAAAUUCCUGAACAAGCCAAGGGGUCCCAUGGGGGUGGCACCUGCCCUCAGUGGGCACCUUGAGUUGAACUGUGAGGUAUCGUCUGCCAGCGGGGUGGUGGUGUGGAGGAAGGAUCAGACAGUGGUCAUUGAGGACCAAAGAACUACCAUUAUCUCCAAAGGGACACAGAGGAGACUGGUCAUCAAGAACGCCAAGAAGAGUGACGAGGGACACUACUCCUGCGAGACAGCGGAAGACAAAGUCACAUUCCAGGUCAAGAUAAAAGAAGUUCAACAGGCUGCCUUCACCAACAAGGACUCUGUACAGAAGGAAGUGAGAGCUACUCUCUCCCAGAAAGCCACUCUGAGCUGUGAGGUUGCAGAUACCAAGACAGAGGUGAAAUGGUACAAGGACGGCAAACAGAUCAUUGCAAGUAAAACUGUCUCCAUGGAGACAAAGGGCAAGAGUCGUCUGUUGGUAGUAGACAAAAUGGAGAAAAAGGAUGCUGGAGAAUACACCUGUGAAGCUAGAGCAGAGAAGCUGGUCUUUAAAAUACAUGUGUCAGAAGCCCAACAGGCUGCCUUCACCAACAAGGACUCUGUACAGAAGGAGGUGAAAGCUACUCUCUCCCAGAAAGCCACUCUGAGCUGUGAUGUGUCAGAUUCCAAGACUGAGGUGAAAUGGUACAAGGAUGGCAAGCUGCUGACUUCCUGUAAGAGAGUCUCCAUGGAGACAAAGGGCAAGACUCGUCAGCUGGUGAUAGAGAAGGUGGAGAAGAAGGAUGCUGGAGAGUACACCUGUGAGGUUGGAGCAGAAAAACUGGUAUAUGAGAUACAGGUGACAGAGGCCCAGGCUGCCUUCUCCAAUAAGGACUCUGUACAGAGAGAGGUGAGAGCUGCUCUCUCCCAGAAAGCCACUCUGAGCUGUGAGGUGUCUGAUACCAAGACUGAGGUGAAAUGGUACAAGGAUGGCAAACUUCUGACUUCCAGUAAGACAGUCUCCAUGGAGACAAAGGGCAAGACUCGUCAGCUGAUGAUAGAGAAGGUGGAGAAGAAGGAUGCUGGAGAGUACAUCUGUGAGGUUGGAGCAGAGAAACUGGUCUUUAAGAUACAUGUGACAGAAGCACAUCAGGCUGCCUUCACCAAUAAGGACUCUAUACAGAAAGAGGUGAAAGCUACUGUCUCCCAGAAAGCCACUCUGAGCUGUGAGGUAUCAGAUACCAAGACAGAGGUGAAAUGGUACAAAAAUGGCAAACUGCUUACUUCCAGUAAGACGGUCUCCAUGGAGACAAAGGGCAAGACUCGUCAGCUGGUGAUAGAGAAGGUGGAGAAGAAGGAUGCUGGAGAGUACACCUGUGAGGUUGGAGCAGAGAAACUGGUCUAUAAGAUACAGGUGACAGAAACUCAAGCAGCUUUCACCAAUAAGGACUCUGUACAGAAGGAGGUGAAAGCUACUCUCUCCCAGAAAGCCACUCUGAGCUGUGAGGUAUCUGACACCAAGACUGAGGUAAAAUGGUACAAGGAUGGCAAACUGCUGACUUCCAGUAAGACAGUCUCCAUGGAGACAAAGGGCAAGACUCGUCAGCUGGUGAUAGAGAAGGUGGAGAAGAAGGAUGCUGGACAGUACACCUGUGAGGUUGGAGCAGAGAAGCUGGUCUUUAAGCUACAGGUGACAGAGGCCCAGGCUGCUUUCUCCAAUAAGGACUCUGUACAGAAGGAGGUGAAAGCUACUCUCUCCCAGAAAGCCACUCUGAGCUGUGAUGUGUCAGAUACCAAGACAGAGGUGAAAUGGUACAAGGAUGGCAAACUGCUGACUUCCAGUAAGACAGUCUCCAUGGAGACAAAGGGCAAGACUCGUCAGCUGGUGAUAGAGAAGGUGGAGAAGAAGGAUGCUGGAGAGUACACCUGUGAGGUUGGAGCAGAGAAGCUGGCCUUUAAGAUACAGGUGACAGAAUCCUCUGCCAAGUUUAAGAAGACUGCCGUGAAGGAUAUAUGCAGUGUUCAAGCAAGUGAGAAGAUUGUUUUGACCACUGAGCUGACUUCGGAGAGUGCCAGUGUUAAGUGGUUCAGAGAUGGAGUAGAGUUGAAGGAAGGCACUAAAUAUGAGAUGAAGAGAGAGGGACAUUCUCGUACCCUGAUUGUGAAGUCCACCGAAGUCAAAGACAGUGGCACCUACUCUUGCCACACUGAUGAUGACAAGCUUGAGUUCAAAGUUCAAGUCAAACAUACACCGCUGAAGUUUGUGGUGCAGUUGCAGCCUGUAGCCACAGAGCUGGGUGUUACGCUGACCCUGACCUGUGAACUGAACCAAGCCUCAGGGGACGUACUCUGGCGCCACAACAGUCGUGAGGUCAAACCCGGUGGCAGGUUCUGUGUCAGCGCUGACAGUGCCAAGCGGGUCCUUACCAUAACAGGAAUGACCAAAGCGGAUGAGGGAGAGUACAUCUGUGAAUGCAAAGAUGAUAAGACCUCUGCCAAGGUCUCCACCAAUGCCCCCAGACUGGUGAAUCUGACUUCCAAGCUGAGCAGCAUCGUUGCAGUGGAAGGGAAAGAUGUCAUCUUCAAGUGUAGUGUCACCCCAGCAGACGUCAAAGUAAAAUGGUUCCGCAACAACGUGCCAAUCACUGCUGGGCCCAAGUAUAAGAUUGAGCACAGGGCCACCAGCCACUCCCUCACCAUCACGUCAGUCAGUCAGGAGGAUGCUGGGGAGAUCAGCAUGGCAGCUGAGGGCAAAACCUGCAACGCUACCCUCCAAGUGCAACUGGAGCCGGUGAUGUUCAAGAAAAAGCUUCAGAACGUGACGACGGUAGAGGAUCAGAAGGGAGUGAAGCUGGAGGUGGAGCUUAGUAGACCCUCUAAAGAGGUCAGGUGGAUGAAGAACAGUGUGGUGCUGCAGCCCGGAGGCAACAUGGACAUCAGGGUGGACGGGGCCAAGCAGACCCUGGUCUUCAAGAGUGUGACUACCGCUGACCGCGGCUACUACUCCUGUGAAACUCUGGAUGACAAGACCCAGGCCAAACUCACGGUGGAUGUGCAGAAGAUUGAGGUGGUGAAGGGCCUGCUGGCCGAGGUCAAGGCCAAUGAGAAGGAGACAGUGACCCUGGAGGUGGAGCUCAGUCAAGCUGACGUGGAGGGUUCCUGGACCAGGAGCGGAGCCAAGCUCAAGGCAGGGUCCAACUGUCGCAUCACGGCCCUUGGAAAGAAGCAUGCCCUUACACUGUCCCAACUCAAGAUGGAGGACGCAGGAACGAUUGUCUUCCAAGCGGAAGGGGUCAAGUCUUCUGGCAAGCUCAUUGUUGCAGAACCUGCUGCCAUGAUCUCUAGGCCCAUGGAGGAUGUCAAAGCUCCAGAGAAGGAGAAGGCAACACUUGAGUGUGAGGUGUCCAGAACCAAUUCUGAGGUCAAGUGGUUCAAGGGUGAUACGGAACUAAAACCAGGAAAGAACUUUGGCAUCCACUCCCAGGGUCGCACACGUAGCCUCCUCAUCUAUAAAUGUUCCAAAGAGGAUGAGGGCACAUACGUUUGUCGAACGUCUGACGACAAUACAUCAGCCAAACUCACUGUACAUGCCCGAGACAUUAAGAUAGUGAAGAAGCUGGAGGAUGUGGAGGUGAUGGAGAAGGAGAGUGCGUCAUUCAUGUGUGAGAUCUCUCACGAUGAAGUGGCCUGCCAGUGGUUCAAAGGUGACACCAAACUCAAAGUCGGUGACAACAUCAAGAUGAGACAAGAGGGUAAAAUCUAUGUGCUGCUGAUUAAAUCGGUGACACCAGAAGACGUGGCGGAGAUUAAAUUCACAGCUGAAAAGGCCUCUUCAACGGCCAAACUGACAGUGAAAGGCAAAGCUCAAUCUGUGUCACGGGAGCUGCAGAGCGUCAGCGUUGUCUCAGGGGAGGAUGCUGUGUUUACCUGUGAGGUCACACAGACCAGCACCACCGUCCAGUGGGCCAAGGAUGGGAAGGACAUCAGGAAGAGUGAGAAGUAUAACAUCAGCAAAGAGGAGAAGGUCAUGAAGUUGACCGUCCGCAGCGUCACUGUCCAGGACUCUGGAGAAUAUAGUUGUGAGGUCAUCGGAGGAGCCACUACCAAGGCCAAGCUGGUGAUCAAAGAGCCAGUCCACAAGUUCACCAAGGAGUUGAAGGACAGUGAGGCGGAAGAAAAGGGUUCAGUGACCCUACAGUGUGAGACGGCCCAGCCUGCCUCCAAGGCCACCUGGUCCAAGGGAGGCAUAGAGCUGAAGGCCGGGGGACGCUGCGAGAUGACCCAAAAGGAGACCGUUCUCACACUUACCAUUAAACAGCUGGAGGAGAAAGACAGCGGAACUUACACCUGUGACGUGGGCACCGCCAAGAUGACGGCUAAGGUGACAGUCAAAGCCUUGCCUGCCAGCUUUACACAGAAACUGAAGAACCAGCAGGCCACGGAAGGAGAGAAUGCUACUCUCUGCUGUGUGUUAGCCAAACCUGGAGCCAAGGUUCAGUGGAAGAAAGGCACUGAGAAUCUCAAAGCUGGAAACAAAUAUGAGAUUAAGCAAAAAGAUGCCUGCUGUGAGCUUCAGAUAAAACAUCUGAAGGUUGAAGACAGUGGAGAGUACUCCUGUGAGUGUGGAGAUCAGAGGACCACAGCGACUAUAAACGUCAAUGCGUUACCUGUGACCUUCAAACACAAACUGGCGAGCCAGGAGGCUGAGGAAGGGGAUAGUGUUACCCUGCACUGUGAGCUCUCUAAACCUGGAGUCCAUGUAGAAUGGAGGAAGGGAACACAGGUGCUGAAGUCUGGAGAAAAGUACCAGAUGAAGCAGAAAGAAUCUGUGAGUGAGCUCCUGAUCAACAAAGUAGUACCUGAGGACAGUGGAGACUACAGCUGUGUGUGUGGAGAACAGAAGACUACAGCCAGUCUCAAGAUUAAGGCCCAACCUGUUACAUUCAAACACAAACUGGCGAGCCAGGAGGCUGAGGAAGGAGGCAGUGUUACACUGCACUGUGAGCUCUCUAAACCUGGAGUCCAUGUAGAAUGGAGGAAGGGAACACAGGUGCUGAAGUCUGGAGAAAAGUACCAGAUGAAGCAGAAAGAAUCUGUGAGUGAGCUCCUGAUCAGCAAAGUAGUACCUGAGGACAGUGGAGACUACAGCUGUGUGUGUGGAGAACAGAAGACUACAGCCAGUCUCAAGAUUAAGGCCCAACCUGUGACCUUCAAACACAAGCUGGAGAGCCAGAAGGCUGAGGAAGGGAGCAGUGUUACACUGCACUGUGAGCUCUCUAAACCUGGAGUCCAUGUAGAAUGGAGGAAGGGAACACAGGUGCUGAAGUCUGGAGAAAAGUACCAGAUGAAGCAGAAAGAAUCUGUGAGUGAGCUCCUGAUCAGCAAAGUAGUACCUGAGGACAGUGGAGACUACAGCUGUGUGUGUGGAGAACAGAAGACUACAGCCAGUCUCAAAAUUAAGGCCCAACCUGUGACCUUCAAAUAUAAACUGCAGAGGCAGGAGGCUGAGGAAGGGGGCAGUGUUACCCUGCACUGUGAGCUCUCUAAACCUGGAGUUCAUGUAGAAUGGAGGAAGGGAACACAGGUGCUGAAGUCUGGAGAAAAGUACCAGAUGAAGCAGAAAGAAUCUGUGAGUGAGCUCCUGAUCAGCAAAGUAGUACCUGAGGACAGUGGAGACUACAGCUGUGUGUGUGGAGAACAGAAGACUACAGCCAGUCUCAAGAUUAAGGCUCUUCCAGCCACAUUCAAACACGAUCUUGAGAGCCAGGAGGUUGAGGAGGGGGGCAGUGUUACCCUACACUGUGAGCUCUCUAAACCUGGGCUCCCUGUCGAAUGGAAGAAGGGAACACAGGUUAUAAAGUCUGGAGAAAAGUACCAGAUGAAGCAGGAAGAUUGCAGUGUGAAACUGCAAAUCUGUGAUUUGAAACCUGAAGACACAGGAAACUACCACUGCAGCACUGGAGACCUAGAGAGCUCAGCAUACCUGAAAGUCAAUGCUUUCCCAGUCGUAUUCACCAAAGAUCUGCAGAGCCAGGAGGCUGAGGAAGGGGGCAGUGUUACCCUGCACUGUGAGCUCUCUAAACCUGGAGUCCCUGUAGAAUGGACAAAGGGGGAGGUGGGUCUCUGCCCCUGUGCCAAGUAUGAAAUCGUCCAGGAAGGACACAGCGCCAGACUAGUCAUCCACAGCUUAGACCCUGAAGACUCAGGCAGCUAUACUUGUGACAGUGGCGACCGGAAAACCACAGCAAACCUUUCUGUGAAGGCCCUGCCUGUUUACUUCAAAACCCGACUACAGGAUCUAGAGUGGGACGCAGGUGAGAUCGCCAUCCUCCGCUGUGAGAUCACAAAUCCUGGGGCCAGCGUUGUUUGGAGCCGGGGCGACAGGGUCUUGGAGUCUAACAACAAGUAUCAGCUGAAACAGGAAGGUGCCAUAGUGAAGCUUAUCAUCUAUAACCUACAAGGGGCUGACUCUGGGGAGUAUAUCUGUGACACGGGUUACCAGAAGACCUCAUCCAUGCUCACUGUACAGGAGCUGGAGGUGACCAUAGUGAAGGUCUUGAACAGCUGCUCGGUGCGCGAGGGGGAGGACGUUCACUUUGAGUGCCAUCUGUCCCACGAGGAUGCCAAGGAGGUCCAGUGGAAGCUUGCGGAUGUCCCUCUGCAGAACAAUGAAAUGAAUCUGAUCUGCAGCCAAGGCAAGGUGCACAGCCUCACCCUCAGGGGGGUCACCCAGGCCGACUCGGCCACAGUCGCUUUCACAGUGGGCCACCAUACCUCCACCGCCAGCCUGACCGUCGGAGGGGCCCCUGUGGUGUUCAAGAAGGAGCUGGAGAGCCAGGAAGCAGUUGAGGGGGGCAGUGUCUCCCUGACCUGUGAGAUCAGUGUUGAGGGCAAGGUGACAUGGAGAAGGGGCUCCGUGCUCCUCACCCAGGGGGAGAAGUAUUCCAUGGAGCACACAGGUUCUACCUACAUCCUGAUGGUUCACAAGCUGAAGGUCGAGGAUGCUGGAGAGUACACCUGCGAUACUGGGGAUAAGCAGAGCACGGCUACCCUGAAAGUCAAAGAGUCUGUACGCAUCACUCGGGAGCUGCACGACAUCACAGUGACCACCGGGCAGGAUGCUGUCUUUGCGUGUGAGUUGUCCCAGGAGGGCGUAACCAAUGGAGAGUGGUGGCUAGGGGAUAACCUCCUCCAAAACAACGACCUGAACCAGAUGACCUUCCAGGGCCGGGUGCACCGGCUGACACUGCAGAUGGUCACCACUGAUGAGUCAGGGGACGUGGCGUUUGUGGUGGGCGAAGAGAAGACCGUCGCAUGCCUACUGGUGGAAGAGAAGCCCAAAGUCUUAAUCCUAGAGAAGCCUCAUGACACAGUGGCCUUGGAGGGUGAGACAGUCACCCUGUCCUGCACCGUCUCCGACCCCACGGCCACUAUCAACUGGAGCAGGAAUGAUGUUGACAUCAAAGCAGGCCUCAAGUACGACCUGCGGAAGAAUGGAGCUCUCAUGCAGCUCCGUAUCCACAACCUGGAGAUGGAGGACUCUGGAAAUUACUGCUGCGAUACCGGGGAUGCGCAGUGCACCGUCACAUUGACUGUGGAAGGUGCCCCAGCAUUCUUCCAGAAGGAGCUGAAGAACAAGGAAGCCAAGGAAGGCGAUGAUAUCACUCUGCGCUGUGAGCUCUCCAAGGCGUGCACUCAAGUGGAGUGGAGGAAGGGAGGCAUGGUCCUCCAGGCUGGUAAGAAGUAUGAGAUGAGGCAGGAGGGCUGCGUUCAGGAGCUCUGCAUUCGUAACCUGGAGCCAGAGGACAAUGGCUACUACACCUGCGAUGCUGGAGACCAGCUCACCACGGCGUCGGUGGCAGUACAAGAGGCAGAAGUCCUCAUAGUGUGUGGUCUAAAGAGCACCGAUGUCUUUUUGGGCGAGUGGGCCACCUUCUCCUGCCAGCUGUCCCGCGGUGUGAGGCCUGGGGAGGUGCAGUGGUGGCUGGACGGGACCCUUCUCCAGGACAGCCCCUCCAGCGAGAUAGGGCUGAGCCAGGGCCACGUCCACACCCUCACCCUAAAGGACCUGGCCCCGGAUGCCUCGGGCACCGUCACGUUCAAAGCCUGCAGCCUGGUGUCCUACGCCAAGCUCUUAGUUAAAGACCCCACAGUAGAGGUGGUGAGCGAGAUGCAGGACCUGCGGGUGGCUCAGGACAAGCCGGCUGAGUUCAUCUGCCAGUACUCCCGGCCGGUCCAGGCCCAGUGGAAGAGAGAUGGUCGGCCAUUGCAGCCUGACGGCCAGAGGGUGGUAGUGGAGCAGGACUGGACCGUGGCUCGCUUGUACAUUAGACACGUGUCCACUGAGGACAGGGGGAGAUACUCCUGUGAGGCAGAGGGGACCUGUGUGGUUGCCUUACUGGAGGUGGAAGCCAAACCCAUUGAAAUCCUACAAGGCUUGGAGAACAUGGACACCAUUGAUGGCGGGGAGGCCCUAUUCGAGUGCUCUAUCUCUCGUUGCGAGAUCAAAGACUGCCACUGGCUGAUUGGGGGCAAGCCGGUGAAGGAGUCGCCCACAACGGAGAUCGUGUCCUUCGAAAAUGGACGCCGCCACCUCUUGCUGCUCAAGGAUCUGCACGUUGGAGACAGCUGCAAAGUUACUUUCCAAGCCGGCACCGCAACAACCUCCGCCAUGCUCAACGUCAAAGGCUGGCAGCUGGAUGUGGUGAGUGGUCUGGAGGAUAAGGUAGCUGUGGUGGGAGAGACUCUAGAGUUCAGCUGCAUGCUGACUGAGCCUGUGCCUGAGGCGGAGGUAGCCUGGUACUCUAACGGAUCCGAGCUAAAGGCUGAUGACACCUGGGGCAUGAGGGCUGACGGCUGCUCCUACCACCUGGUGCUUAGACAGGCACCAGCCAUGCCACCACAGGAGAUCACCUUCGCUGCCAGGGACGCCAUCUCCAUGGCCAAGCUCACCAUCAUCACUGUUCCUGACCCCCCGGAGGACCCAGAGCUGGUCAGUAAGAGUAAGCAGGCGGUGACCCUGUCUUGGUUCACACCCCUCAGCGACGGAGGCAGCCCUAUUUUGGGCUACAGGGUGGAGAUGAGGCUGGCGGACAGUGUCCUCUGGCUGCCGUGCCAUGCAGAGCCUGUGUGUAACACAGAGUUCUCUGUGGAUAACCUCAUCCCAGGGAGCGGCUACAGGUUCAGGGUGGCAGCCAUCAACAGAGCUGGGACAGGAGAACCUGUCCAGCUGCCUCAGAGCGUUCAGCUGGAGGCUCCAGUGACAGUGACCCAACAGUUGGCCUGUCCAGACCUGCAGGAGGGUAAGAUGGCCCGUGUGGCGUGUGACCUCUCUGCUGAGGGCAGCUCGGUCACCUGGCUCAAAGACAACAAGGAGCUGGAGUAUGGGGUCAAAUACCAGGUCACCACAGAGGGCAAGACACAAGUGCUGCUGAUCAAAGACUUUGUGUCUGCUGACCAGGGUGUGUACACCUGUGUGGCCUCAGACGAGGCAGAAAGCUCCCUUAAUCUCAACCUACCAAAAGGUGGAGAUGGGGUUCAGUUGGAGGAGGGGGCCCAGCCCAGCCUGCCUCCUGAGGCUGCCUCCGAGGGUGACGUCCAUGCACUGUGGGAGGACCUGGCCAAGAAACGUCGCAUGAGCCGAGAGCCCACCCUUGACUCCAUCUCUGAGCUGCCUGAUGAGGAGGAUAAGGAGCCCAAGACACCCAAGGGACCAGUCAAGGAGAAGAAAGCCCCGGAGAAGGAGAAGGUGGGGGUGAAAGCCCUGGAGAAUGAGAAAGUGGAUGUGAAAGCCCCGGAGAAACAAAAGGUGAAAGAAAAGGAAAAGGUUGUAGAGCAUGUCAUCGUCCCUAAGAAGGUGUUGGAGCCAAACUUGUACACCAGCUCUGAGGACGAAUCCAGGCCUCCAACACUGGUUUCCUACCUGAAGAAGAGCAGCAAGUCCUCCCUCUCUGUGUGUGACCAGACAGAUUCCAUCUCCACUGAGAAGUUCUACGCACAGUUCAAGUUGAAAGAGGCGACCACAGGCCAACAGACUUCAGUCCAACAGACCUCAUCUUCAGUACAGCAGAUCACAGCACAGACCACGGACAUCAAGGAGGUCGUUGAUGAGGAGGACGGAGAAAUUGGGCUGCUGGAUGCUGCUGUAAAGAUCCAGGCUGCCUUCAAGGGGUACAAAGCCCGCAAGGACAUGCGUCCAGUCUUCAAGGACGUCUUCAAGGACCAGACCAAGGAACCCAAUGGCACCAUCCACCUGGAGUGUGUGGCGGAGGGCAAGCCAGAAAAGGUGCGCUGGCUGAAGGAUGGCGAGCACCUGGCGGACGGCAAGCACCACCACAUUGACAUCUACAACGAUGGCACCUGCUCUCUGGUCAUCACCGCCAUAACCACCAAGGACACGGGUGUCUACACCUGUGAGGUCACCAACAAGUUUGGGGUGACCACCCACAGUGGCAAGGUGACGGUGGGCUCGGCGCGGGAGGCCUCUGGAAGGAGGCCCCUGACCAUGGGCUACAGUGCCGACAGCGAGGCGGAGAGCUCGUCGGCAGAAAGCGAGAUGGACGAGUCUCUGAGGCAGGCUAGCAAACGUCUUCGCCGCCUCCUCCGCACACGCCUGCCGGCCACGUCGGAGGAGGAGUCGUUCGUCAGCUGUGAUGAUGAGGCUGAGCUGCAGGCCCCCGACCCCAAAUCGUACCGCGAGGACGAGCGAUACAUCUACAUCCGCUUUGACAAGCGGUCUGAGGCCCAGGUGGCGUCUCAGCGCUUCAAGGAGAUGUUCACGGCCCAGGGGGUCCCUGUGGAGACCACCAUCCAGGAGGCUGGACCUCUCAAAGUGGAGCUGCGCAUCAUGAAGAUGGGAUACACUCAAGAUGGCUCUGCAACACCCACACAGGAGAAGCAGCUGCCUGUGUUCAUGACAGGAGCCCCCGCGGCCCCAGUCUUCCUGACUGAACUCCAGAGCCAGGAUGUGCCAGACGGUUACCCGGUCAGCUUUGACUGCGUGGUGAUUGGGAAGCCUCCACCCAGUGUGCGUUGGUUCAAGGAUGGUAAGCUGCUGGAGGAGAACGACCACUACAUGAUCAACGAGGACCAGGAGGGCUGCCACCAGCUCAUCAUCACCACCGUGCUGCCCUCUGACAUGGGCGUCUACCGCUGUAUGGCUGAGAACACCAGCGGCAUCGCUGCCACCAAGGCUGAGCUCAGGGUCGACAUGUCUUGCAGCUCAGACUACGAUACUGCAGCUGAUGCCACUGAGACCGGCUCCUAUAUCAGUGCCAAGGGCUACAUGUCUAGGGAAACGGAAGCCUUUGAGUCUGUGGUAGAGGAUGAGCAGAUGCCACAAGUACUGGAUGAGCUCCAUAAUGUGCACGUCAGCCCAGGCUCACCCAUCGCUAAGAUGCAGCUGAAAGUCAAAGGGUUCCCUAGUCCAAGGGUGUACUGGUUCAAGGACGGCCACCCGCUGCGUUCCUCAGACAGGAUCCUGCUGCUGGACAAGCGAGAUACCCACAGCCUGGAAGUCCUGGAGGUGAAGAGGGAGGACACAGGAGAGUACUCUGCCUACAUCAGCAACGCUGCUGGAACAGCAUACUCUUCUGCUAGGCUGCUGGUUCUGGGUCCAGGAGAGCUCACGCCUGUAGAGAAGCACGAUCCCAAGGUGCCUCUGGUGCCGCCCCGCUUCCUGGAGAGGUUCAGCAACAGGAAGGUGAAACAGGGAGCCAGCGUCACUAUGUCUGUCAGAGUGGAAGGUUCUCCCACGCCAAUGGUGACGUGGUUGAAAGAGGAGUCUGCUGAGGACGUGUUGUGGAUCAAGCCAGACACUAAGGGCUACAAGGUGGCCAGCUCAGGGCGCCAACACAGUCUCAUCCUGAUGGAUGUGGGCUCUAAGCAUGCAGGCACAUACACCUGCAUCGCCACCAACAGGGCCGGACAGUCCAUUUGCACUGCCCAAUUUGAAGUGGAGGAUGCACCACGACCAAAGGAAGAGACCACAAUCCCUCUGGGGAUUACUAUCAGCCCUCCAGACGAAGAUGUUGGCAGAGGAAAAAUGCAGUAUCUAGGUGAAGUUGGAACAGAAGAGUUCCUUAUGAAGCUCACCUCCCAGAUCACGGAAAUGGUAUCUGCCAAGAUGAGUCAAGCCUCACUACGUGUCCCGGGAGGCGAUAGUGAUGACGAGACCAAGACACCCUCCGCCUCACCACACCACGGUCGCUCUCGCCCCGGCUCCAUUCUCGCUGACUCCUCCUCUGAGUCUGACGACCCUGAUGCCAGGGGAGAGAUGUUUGACAUCUAUGUGGCUACGGCUGACUACAACCCCACCAUCCCCAACAAAGAUACCAUUUCCCUGAAGGAGGGCCAGUAUGUUGAGGUUCUGGACUCGGCACAUCCACUCAAAUGGCUGGUCCGGACCAAACCCACAAAAACCACCCCAUCCCGACAAGGCUGGGUCUCACCUGCCUACCUGGAUAAAAAACUCAAGCUGUCUGAUGUUGCUGGUGACAUCACAGAGGGAGGUGGAGAAGAGGUCUCAGAAGGAGAGUACAAGAAGAGACUACUCCAACUGAUUCAAGACAUGAUCAACAGCGAGGCAGAGUUUGUCAAAGAGAUGGACUUCUUCACCUCCCACCACAUCAAGCAAGUGGAGAGCCCUGACACCCCAUCUGGCAUCACCAGCCAGAAGGAGGCCAUAUUCAGGAACAUCAACGAGAUCAAGGCCUUCCAUAGCCAGUCCAUGCUCCCUAAGUUGAGCCACUGCGACACUGAUGACGACGUGGCCAUGCGCUUCCUGAGGAGUGGCGAGGGCUUUGAGAAGUACCUCCAGUACCUCGUAGGCCAGCAAAAGGCAGAGGCCGCUAUCAGUGACAAGACCGUACACCGCUUCUUCAAGGAAUACACAGACAAAGAACAGGCCAGUGCCGACCCUGCUGAAGGUCCUGUACUGAGCAUCAACGCCUACCUACAGAAACCUCUGGACAGAAUCCAGAAGUACAAAGCCUUGCUCAAGGAGCUGAUCAGGAACAAGGCCAGGAAUGGUCAGAACUGCUGCCUGCUGGAGGAGGCCUAUGCCAUGGUUUCAUCACUGCCUCAGCGUUCAGAGAACACACACCACGUCUCCAUGAUAGAGAACUACCCUGCCACUCUGGAUGUAUUGGGGGAGCCCAUCAGACAGGGACCCUUCAUGGUGUGGGAGGGUGCACCUGGGGUAAGGUCCUCCUCCAGAGGUCACCAUCGACAUGCGUUCCUCUUCAAAAACUAUGUCAUCAUCUGCAAAUCCAAGAGAGACACCAACACAGACACCCAGGGCUACGUCUUUAAGAACAUGAUGAAGCUGAACAACAUAGAUGUGAAUGAGACAGUGGAGGGUGAUGACCGGGCCUUUGAGAUCUGGCACGAGCGUGAGGACUCUGUCAGGAAGUACACGCUUCAGGCUCGCACCGUCAUCAUCAAGAACUCCUGGCUGCGAGACCUCAGGGAACUGCAGCAGCGCUACACCAUGCCUGCCUGGAGUAUGCCUGACUUUGAUGAGCUUCUGGCUGACUGCACAGCGGAGCUGAGACAGACGGUGAAACUGGCCUGCAAGGUUACUGGAGUACCCAAACCUGUGGUCACCUGGUACAAGGACGGGCGGGCAGUGGAGGCCGACCCUCACCACAUCAUCAUCGAGGACCCUGACGGUUCCUGCACCCUGAUCCUGGACAACAUGACGGCUGAUGACUCUGGACAGUACAUGUGCUUCGCCACUAGCACAGCAGGCAACGCCAGCACCCUGGGAAAGAUCACUGUCCAAGUGCCUCCUCGUUUCGUGAACAAGAUGAGGAAUGCUGUCUUAAUCGUUGGUGAGGAUGCUCAGUUUUCCUGCACCAUCCAGAGCGCCCCCAGCCCCAAGAUCAGAUGGUUCAAGGAGGGCAGGCUGCUGACUGACCAGGAGAAGUAUCAGACCUACACUGAGUCCCGCAGUGGAGUCCUGGUGCUGGUCAUUAAAGGCCCUACGGAGAGAGACCUGGGACACUACGAGUGUGAGUUGUCUAACCGACUGGGCAGUGCUAAAUGUGCAGUUGAUCUGUGCCUUCCUUCUGCUGUGGCUAGAAGAGGAGAGCAGGCAAUCACCAUCGAAGUCACUGAGCAGGAGACUAAAACACCAAAGAAAACCAUCAUCAUAGAGGAGACCAUAACUACGGUGGUGAAGAACACCCGUAUGAAGCGUCGCGGCAUGUCUCCAUCUGGGUUCAACCUCUCCGAAGCCAACACCCCAGAUCUCCCCACCACCCCCACCGGCACGGCCAGGCAGAGGAGGCAGGUUUCGGCCAGCAGGAAGACCACCAUCCCCACCCUGUACGUCACGGAGCCCGAGGGGGGUGCUGGGGCCCGGGCCACAGAGAACAGGUGGGUGGAGGUAGAGGAAAUCAUUGAGUACAAGGUGAACAAGUCGCCCAGGCUAUCCAGGAGAAGAGGGGUCUCCCCAGCUGGGUCGGAGCGAGCGAACACCCCCUCCUUCACCCGGCCACGGAGGUCCCCGAACCCCAACACCAACAAUUCCAACAACAAGCUGGUAGAGCUGCAGAACUGCUCCGAGCUGGAGGGGGCUCAUCCUAUAGCCUGGGAUGAUGAUGAGGAGGAUGAGAACAUGGCUGGGUCCGAGGUUGCCCCUGGACUCAGUGGAGAGGCCUGCGAGGUCUCCGCUUUUCUAAUCCCUAACGACCAUGAACAUGAUGAGGCCUGGCUAGAGGAGCAGAAAGAGGCCUUUGUCACAGAACCGGAUGAUGAUGAUGAUAACAUGGAACCUCCCAGGAAGCUGGAGCCUAAGACCCUGACCCAGGCCGGUCGCGUUCUCACCCUGGAGGACUUGGAGGACUAUGUUCCCAGGGAGGGGGAGAGCUACAGCUCCUCCAACACCAGGUCCUCCCCUGCCGAGAGACCCUGUGAGGUCUCUGUGCUUCAGAGGGAGAUUGGGGGCUCUGUCGUGGGCCAGCCAGUGCUGCUCAAUGUGGGGAGGCCUGUGGUGGUGCCCAGGGGGAGGCGCAGCCCUGGCUUCUUCAGCCGAUUUAGAGAGUACCUCUCAGGCAGCAUGUUCUCCCUGGCUGCCCCCCACCACCACCACCCCAGCGGAGACCAGUCUAGAAGGGAGAGAGAGAUUCCCAUCCAGGUCAGCCAAGCCAAGCAAGAGGUCAAGCCUGCAUACUGCUCUGAGGUGCAGAGAGUGGAGGGAGGGCAGCAGAGAUACAAAACCAAAGUCUACACGUCAGUGGGCAAGCCAGUCACUCUUCAGAUUAGCCAGAACCCAUAUCAAAACCAAUAACCUAGUGUGUGAAAAUCAGUUGCUUGAUCAGAACCAAGCUGAUUUUUGUUAAUUGGUGAUACGUACAAUAGCCGUUUUAGUCUUAAAUGGGAACAUUACUACUUAAGUGUUAAAAAGCAUAUUCUAACCUUGCAUUUUCUUGCAAAUGGGAGGAUCAUUCCAUUUUGAAGCAACCCAUCUGAAAGUCAAAUGCAGACACAGGAAGUCAGUUGUUUUGGUCAGACAAAGUCGUUUUUAAAGGACAAAACAUCAAAAGGGGGUUGGAUAUGUUGUUUAGGCUAAAUGAUUUCCAAACGCCAUUGUAUACUCUCCAGGCGUCAAUGUAUUGUUGCCUUGCUUGCCACAUAUUUGAUUAUUUGAUGUACAGAGAAAUAUAGAAUAAUUGCAAGUCUUGCAACAUGGACUGACACCGUUUGAAAGUUUAAAAAAUCCAUCUGCUUUACCCUCAGGUGACAGCUGUUUUGAAUGUCAACAUCUUGAUGUUAAACUUCUGUUCUGUAGGAGAACAUCAGUACAGUACUAUAUUUCUCUCUGUGUGUUGUCUCUGAAGUUUAAUGAACAAGGAAUAUCCACCUUGACUUGUAGCAUAUCAGUUUGUAAAUAGGCUAACUAACUCCUGUGAAAGGAAAAAAACGUCUCGACAGUAACUUACCAAACCAAUGACUUCAGCAACGAAAUUGCUAGAAGUACAAAAGAAGUCUAAAAGAGCAUUGAUUACAGACGUUGCUGGAUUGUGUGAAACAUUGACGAUGUUCUUUCAAAUGCAGCCACGGUCUGCUUGAGAAUACAAGAAAGCCAGAUUAAAGACUGAUACAUGGAUCAUUGAGUUGUACUUCAGAUUGGGCUGUCCUGUUCUAUGGAGAAGUCUAGAAUUUUCUAAGCGUUUCUAGAUGGGCAGUUACAUGUUGUACAGUGCUGAUGCUUUUACAUGAACUGUAUAUCACUCACUUGUGGGGUGGACUGUGGAAUGAUGGAGGUCUAUGAUUGUGUUAUACAGGUCUCGUAUAAAGGGUCUCUGUUUACUUUAGGUCAUAUACAUCCAAAACAUAGACCUAUAUAGGAUAUUUCAUUUUGAACUGGGUCAUUUGUUUUAUAGAAAGGCACUUCAUUAUCAGUUUAUUGAGAGCAUUAAAGAGUAGAUUGACCUCAGAUAAUUAAGUAUUUGUGAUUACUUUAAGGUCAAAUGUAAUGAAUUAUAUUUAGAAAAGUGGCAGCAUGUUAUGUAUUAGCUUUUUGAAAGCUGAUUUGCGUGUUUAUCUGAUUGACAUGAUUGAAUUAACACAAGGAGUCCCACUGUAACGCCGGCGCGUUUUGGACUUCUGGGUAGACCAUUGGAUUUGUCUUUCUUCUGCAUCCGUAGAUACCAACCAUUAGUCUGUGUAAUUAACGGGGGCUGAGCUAGAGCUGUGUUUGUGAGACAAGGGCGGAUCCCAAUGGGGCCCUGGACUGGGUCUUUUUACAAAAACCUAUGUAGUCUGAAUGAUUUGAGCUACAAACUAUUCAAAGAUAUUUAUGAAAAGGUGAGACUCUCACGAACACAUGCAUGUAACUAUGACGCUCAACACCUACACAAGAGUCAUUAGAAGGUAAGGGGUUGUUCUACAUAGAAGAUCAUAGGAAAUCCCAGGACAUAGUGUCUAUAAUAAGCUCACAUAGUGGCUCCCACAAAAUCUAAACAGUUGUCAUUUCCCAGUGAGCAUACAAUUUCUGUACUUACAGCAUUCAUAUCAAUUAAUUUGAUCAGGAUUUUGCUUUGGCAGAUUAAAAACAUUUUUUUAUUGACAUUUGUCAAUUAAACUCAUGAAUGCAACUGUUUUAUGUCAAAUAGUUUUGUGUUCUACUUGUAGCCCUGGUUGUCCUGAAAAGAACACUCCCUUGUGAGGCUAAAUAUCAGGGCUAGACAUGCCCUUAUAAUAAAUUAAAGUCAGAUACAUUAAAAGAUGAUUUUUGCUGGGGUCGCGGGACUGAUAGGGUUAAUAUUAAUCUUGUCACAUUCAGUUCAGGUGGGAGUUACAUAGUUAGUAGUGAGCCAUUGUACACUGGAUUUAUUCACUUUGUUGCAAUAUAUUGUUUUAAAAAGUGAAUUACCACUUUCCAAAGUAAGAGUGAUGUUUUGUUUUUAUGUUAUUUUAAACGUCUUGUAAAAGCAUUGAAUGUUUAACUUUGUAAGAAAUUCAACAUAAAUCACAUAGGUUUUGACUGCCUGCACAUGUUUAGUUAAGAGAAUGAAUAGUUAAUGGAUUUUUGGGAGGGUACUCCCAAGUGUUUAAUACACCAAAACAAUUAAAUUGCAACUGAUGAACUGA